CUGCCUGUACCUCUGUGGUUCUGGGUAUCGUGUGAAGACCAUUCUAGGUGACUGGCCAAGGGAAGGAAUACCCUACUGAUACUGGAGCCAUAGCCGUACUGCCAGUACCAUGUCUACCAUACAAAGAAAAGGCAGCAGCCACCUGUUCGACACUUUGCACACCUGUAGACUGAAGCUUCCAGAGGACCAGCAACAUCAAGAAAAAUCUGUCAUUGCUCAACCAAUAUUUGUUUUUGAAAAGAGAGAACAAACUUUUAAGAGACCCGCAGAAGACACCCUGUAUGAAGCAGCAGAACCUGAAUGUAAUGAUCCUUCAAGAAAGCGUGUCCGGUCUUCAUGUUUUACUUUGCAUACUACAGAUUCUCAGUUCCAAGGAGUGAAGAAAAACAAUGUUUUUAUGACAUCAACUUUUGUGCAAAGGAAUGUUGACAUGAACAGUGCAGAACAAGGUCCUGUGAAACAUUCUGAACAUAUUCUGAGACCUGCUAUUUUGCAACCACCUCACGCUCAAAGGUGUAUAAAAGUAAGAAAAUCAUUUGGACACAAUGUGUUGGAAUCCUGCAAGACUAGAGAAAAAAACAAAAAUAAGGUUUCUGAGGAGAACUCUUAUUUGCUAAGUGAAAAUUUACCAAGUGUCAGAAUUGCAGUCCAGCUGUCUACUAACCAGAAUUUUCUAGGUGCUACAUCAGUAGGAUGUCAACCAAAUGAAGAUAAAUAUUCUUUUAAAAGCUGCAGUUCUGAUUUCGUUUUUGGAGAAAACAUGGUAGAAAGAGUUUUGGGUACUCAAAAACUCACUCAGCCUCAACUCGAAAAUGAUUCAUACAUCAAGGAAAAACCAUUCAAAUUCACUCUAAAAUUUCCUAUCAACUCUCCAAACUCAAGAACAGAAUCUAUUAAACAUAUAUCCCUAAUUGAAUCAGCUGCUGCUUUCUCUUCUAAACCAUCACCAAAAUGUUUGCUGGAGAAAAUUGAUGUCAUAACAGGGGAGGAGGCUGAACACAAUGUGUUAAAGAUCAACUGCAAGCUUUUCAUAUUCAACAAAACAACACAGUCCUGGAUUGAAAGGGGCAGAGGCGCUUUGAGACUGAAUGACACAGCAAGCAGUGAUUGUGGAACAUUCCAGUCAAGGCUAAUCAUGCGCAAUCAAGGCAGUCUGAGGCUGAUUCUCAACAGUAAACUCUGGGCUCAAAUGGAGAUUCAAAGAGCAAACCACAGAAACUUACGGAUAACAGCUACUGAUUUAGAAGACUAUAACAUCAAAGUGUUUUUAAUUCAGGCCAGUGCCAAAGAUACAGGAUGUAUGUAUGCAGCAAUACAUCACCGUCUUGUUGCUCUUCGAAGCGUCUAUAAGCAGAACGAUGCAAAUCAGGCUGAGAGCCAGUCAGAAACAGUCCUCCAACAAUUUAACUGUGAUAGCUGUGAUGAGGAUGAGGAGGAUUUCAUUACUAAAACUAGAUCAGAUUCUUCUAGGUGGACCCACAGACAGUCAGUUGCCUGUUCAUGAGUGCUACCUACUGUAAACAUGACAACAUCUACAAAAAGAUCACCUUACUGAAAAAGAUCACCUUAUUGAAAGAAACUAAACCAUUCUAAUAACUAAAUGAGAAGAUCCUAUUCAUUCCUUGAACAGCUUUUAUAGAAAAGUUCCAGGAACAGAAUUUGUUGCAAUUAAAAUGUUUCUCUGAUGUAGCGUAAUAAUUCUGAGGUUUUAUGUUUUGAUUAUUGUGGAGAAAAUGACAGAAUUUAAGAAAUAGA